AUGGGACUCGAGUACCGAUCGCUGGACGGCGAUGUGUGCGAUCAGCUGGAGCGGUUCUUUGGCCGCCGCGAUCACUUCGUCGAGGUGAACCCGGGCCGCGUGGUGAUGCCACGCCGGUUUGCCGAGCUCGGUGAUUCCAUCCACACGCUGCCGAUCCGAUCGGACGACGUGUGGCUGAUGUCGUUCCCGCGCGCCGGCUCAACCUGGGCGCAGGAGAUGGUGUGGCUGCUGGGCAACAACCUCGACUACCAGGCCGCCCGCAACCAGCUGCAGCAAGUGCGCACACCCCUGCUGGAGCUAUCGGCCAUAUUCUCCGACGAUCGUAGCGUUGAGGAUACUGUCACCCGGCACGAGCAGAUUGACUCGGUUCAGUGUGUCCACAGGAUGACCGGAAGGCGCUUCGUCAAGUCUCACCUGCCCUGGCAGUUUCAUCCGCGCGAGCUGGACACCGUGCGGCCGAAGAUCAUCUACGUCGUGCGCAACCCGAAGGAUCUGUGCGUGUCCUACUACUACUACUGCCAGCUGAUCCACCGUACCGAGGGCAGUUUCGAGGAGCUGUGUGACAUCUUCCUCAACGAUCGCGCCCCGAUCGGGCCGAUGUGGGCCCAUGCGCUGGCCUUCUGGAAGCGGCGCACGCAGGACAACAUCCUCUUCCUGCGCUACGAGGACAUGAAGCGCAACCUGCCGCGGGUGGUGCGCGAGUGCGCCCAGUUUCUCGACUUUGGCCGCGAGCUGACGGAGGCCGAGGUGCAGCGUUUGUGCGAUCACCUGCAGUUCGACCGGAUGCAGCGCAACCCGGCCGUCAACAUGGAGCCCAUGAUGAAGGACUCGUCCAUCAUACAGGAAGGCGCCAGUGCCACCGGCGGUGGCGUAAAGUUCAUCCGGAAGGGCGAGAUCGGCGAUUGGAAGAAUCACAUGGACGCGAACCUGUCCGCCCGGUUCGAUCGAUGGAUUGAGCAGCACUUCGGCGGCUCCGGGUUGGAGUUUGAGUACGAAUAA